AUGACCAAAGUCUUGAUGCAAACUCGGAAUGACGAGUACAAGAGCAAUUUAAUUCUCUCCAAAGGUCUUGACUUUGUUGAAGAAGAAGAGGAGCAGAUUACACAUCAAACUUUCAAGUUUGAUCCUAAUGACCUGGGGAAUGAGGAAGAAUACACAUCUGUCAAGGCUGAGAUUCAAGGCAAAGAUUCAAAAGAGCCAUCUGGCCACUAUUCGCUUAUUGUUGUAUUGCGGUCUGUUUUCAAUUCAUCUGUUCAGCUGAGGGAAAACAUUGCGAGUGACUGA